AUGGUCUUUGCUACUUCGCCGUCGUCGUUCUCGUCGCUGCGCCCGCCGUUGCUCCGACUCGCACGACUGGGUGCGACAUUUCCGAUCGAGGUGAUCGUCACCGUCUUCUGCGCCGUCACGCUCGUCUACUUUCAGCUUUUAAAGGUGGGUCUGCCUCACUUGAAGUUCCCAUUAUGCGAAUCACCCGUCGCAAAAUCCUGAUCGCCUGGCCCUGCGAGGCACGACUGACCCGUGCGCUGGGGCCAUGCGAGGGAUCGAUCGCCAGCGGGUCGAACCGCAUGGCAGUGCGGAGGCGGAGGCGGAGGCGAUACCUCGACUACACGCCGCACAGGCGAGCUUGUUCGGCCUCGAACAUUGCAGCACCUGCUGUUGGUAUGGUCGUACCCCAGAAUGAGCUGGACAGCUGUGCCGGAUCUGAAGUGUUCGCGCCUGGACGCGACACUGUUGGGUCCAUUUUCUCAUCGAGGGCCCGUGCACGAUGUAUGAACGCCCAUCUCGAGGUCACAAGCUCAGAAUCGAUGAUCGAAGCACUGCCUAAAGGGUUGAGCGUCCAUCGGUCGCCUCUGAUGUGCCUUACCUCAUGGUUUUUCUUGCUCGUCCGAGAUCUUCCUCGUUUGGACCCGUCGCGUCGAUCGCUCCGCGGGCGGGCGAGAUGCUCCCAGCUCCGACCGCAGAUGCCACACUCUUCUAGACCAGCCUCAAGUCGUGUCGAAAGGCUGCACAUCUUCUCUCGAGCUCAAGCGCUGACUCGGCCCAUGGGUGCGUCCGGCACCUUCCCAUUUUCCCCCUGCCCAGGUCGUUCGCACGUCCGACUUCCUCAAUGAUGAGUUCGACCGACCCCUUGGCGACAAUCAAUACCCGACGAUACUCUAUGACCCGGCAUCGCACCUCUGGUCACCCUCGAUCGCAACCUCGGCCGCUCCCGUUGGGUCUGUCGAGCUCUAUCUCAAGCAACUCGUCGUCGAGGUUCCGUUGGGGUUGGACAUCGUCCGCUCGAUCGAGAUCAAGGACACGCUCGACAACGCCACCCGCGUCGCCCUGGAAGGCGUCGACUGCUACAAGAUCGGCAAUGGGGACUGCUGGAUGGUCGAGACUCAACCCAGCCUGAAUCGUACCGCCCGAUCCCUCGCCUUCGCCUCGGCCGCCGCGUCGCGAGACUUUUCGCUGAACUUUGUCAAACUGCCCUUGUCGUCGCCGACGCUCGAUGUCGAAGCCCGCAAGACGCGCAAGCCUCGCACCUACACCAGCUUCCUCAGUCGCGGCGGGUCCAAGGACGAUAGGGCCCAGUCCGAGGAGCUGCUCGUCGAGGAGAGGAGCGAACGCAGCCUCGAGGAGAUGCAAAGCGUCAAGUGGAUGAUCUUCGCUGUCCGAGCAUUCGUCAUGCGUUUUUAUGGUCUCGCCAAGGUACAUUCGAUCAAGCUGUGCUCCUACUCCUUCCUGGUGCAUCUGGGACCUGAGCUGACCUUGCCCUGACCCGCUGACCCGCGUACAGAAAGCGGACUCGGCCGACAUCUUCGUCAUGCUCGUCGCUUACCUACUGAUGCACUCGACGUUCGUGUCGCUCUUCCUGAACAUGCGUCGAUUAACGCUAUCGCUCCGACCUCAAUCUCGAUCUCUGGGAAUGUGGCUCGCCAGCUGCGCCCUCGUCUCGUCGUGCCUCGCCUUCAUGUUCUCCCUCCUGCUCGCUUCCUAUCUCGAGAUCACCGUCAACCCCGUGCUGUUGGGCGAAGCUUUACCUUUCCUCGUAAUCACCGUAGGAUUCGAGAAGCCAUUCGUACUCACUCGCGCUGUCUUCUCGAACCCCGCAAUCGGUCCCGGGGGCGGCAUCUCUGGGAGCGCCCGAGGCAGUGUACCACCGUCUCGCGACCCUCUUGGCGCCUCGCACGUUGGCGAUUCGUCCUUUUCGAACAGCUUAAACGGACCCUCUCGCUUUGGUCUUCGAUUCGCCCCUCCGAUCCCUGCUCGCGAAAUUGUCCUCGCAGCUGUGUCAAAGCACGGCAUCGCCAUCGUCCGCGAUUAUGCGAUCGAGUGCGCCGUGCUCGUCAUUGGCGCCAUGAGCGGAGUCGCUGGUCUCAAGGAAUUCUGUCAACUUGCCGCGUUGAUCCUCGUCUUUGAUUGCAUUACGCUCAUGGGCUUCUAUGUCGCCAUUCUCACCAUCAUGGUCGAGGUACACCGCAUCAAGGUCAUGCGCCUGCUGCAAAGGACGGACUCAUCGGCUGAUUUGGCUCGCUUGCUCGACGACCCUACGACGGGUUUAGAAGAGGACGCACCCGGCUCGGGAUCCGAAGACGAUGAACCCACCCUACAGCUUACGCUCCGCGACAGGGUCAUCAAGCUCGCAACCGGCACCGCACCUGGACACAAGGCGAACGCCAACAGCCCGACUGCCCGACUGAAGGUCCUGCUCAUCGCCGCCUUCCUCAUCCUCCACUCGCUGAACCUGGUCACGACCCUCACGACCCAGACCGCCUUCAAGCGCCACACCGACAACAACUCGCUACCCAGCGUGGCCCUCGCCGUCGACACGAGCUCGCCUUCGCUCAGUGCGGCCCUCGCCCAGCUCGUCAAUGCCCACGACCGCCAGACGGCUUUGCUCGUCCACCUUGCACCUCCUCUCCAGUACCGAGCGAUCGAUCCCUCUGCAACAGCUGCCAAAUCAUCGAAACCUGUCGACGCCACCGUCACGGGCCAUCUCGCUAGCUUUGACAAGUUCAUGUCUCGUUGGACCAAGCUCGUCGGAGACCCCAUCCUCUCGAAAUGGAUCGUCAUUGCCCUCGGUAUCUCCGUCUUCCUCAAUGGUUACCUCCUCAAGGGCAUUGCGAGCGGCUCCAAUAGCGGCUUCGCUUCUGGCUCCGCUGCCGAAGCAGCGGCCCGCAUUCUGUUGGCCGGUGUGAGCGGUAGCGCCAUCGAUGAAGACGAUUCGGGAUCGAUGAGCACGACCGAAGCCAAGCUACGACGCAGCAUCAGUCAACUUGCGGUCGAGCUGCAGAACGAAUGGACCCCGACCGACGCCGCUGCCAUGACCCGCCAGCAUGUUCGAUCCGAGCAAUACGCCGAGGCCCAGGCUGAGCAGGCGCCGCCUUCAGUCGUCAAAGUGUCGUCCAAGAAGGCCAAGGACGAUCACGACGGUUCAGACAGCUCCGAAGGCUCUCCCCCUCCUUCGCCCAUCUUUGUGAGGACCAAGAACCGCAAAACACCCAAGAGCUCAACUAACGCUACCGCUUCGGUCGAGAACGGCACGGCAUCGCUCUCGGCGGACAACGCUGGUGGAAUGCUUGCUGCUCCCUCUGACAACGGCUCGACCCGCACAAUCCGCCUGUCGCCUUCGACCGUUGCUCUCGUCAAGCAGGGCUCGGUCCCCGACACGCCCCGUGACCUCGAGACAUGCGCCAAAAUAUUUGACAACGGAGCCGGCGCACUGCUGCUCAACGACGAGGAAAUCAUUAUGCUCGUCCAAAAGGGCAAAGUGGCCGCCUACGCGUUGGAGAAGCUGCUGAAGGACUACGAGCGCUCGGUCGCCAUUCGUCGAGCUCUCAUCUCCCGCGCUUCGGCUCGCAAGACGCUCGAGAGCUCCGAUCUGCCUUACACCAACUUUGACUACUCUCGAGUCAUGGGGCAAUGCUGUGAGAACGUGGUCGGCUUCAUGCCGAUCCCUGUCGGUAUCGCGGGACCUUUACGAGUUGAUGGCGUAGCGAUUCCUAUCCCCAUGGCCACCACUGAGGGUGCACUCGUUGCCUCGACAUCUCGUGGAUGCAAAGCCUUGAACGUCAAUGGUGGUGUCACGACAGUCGUUACACAAGACGCGAUGACCCGUGGUCCGGCAUUGACGUUCCCCUCCGUAACGAUGUGCGCCUCUGCCAAGCUCUGGAUCGACUCUGACGAGGGGUCCAAGAUCAUGAAGUCUUCGUUCAACUCCACGUCGCGCUUCGCGCGACUCAUCUCGCUCAAGACGGCGAUGGCAGGGCGAACGCUUUUCGUUCGUUUCGCGACGCAGACGGGUGACGCGAUGGGUAUGAACAUGAUCUCCAAGGGGACAGAACGAGCACUCGACACGAUGCAGACCGACUACUUUCCCGAGAUGCGCAUCGCUUCCUUGUCGGGCAACUACUGCACCGACAAGAAGCCCGCUGCGAUCAACUGGAUCGAGGGCCGAGGCAAGUCCGUAGUGGCCGAGGGUAUCAUUCCUGGAGAGGCGGUCAAGUCGAUCCUCAAAACGACCGUCAAGGAUCUCGUCUCGCUCAACAUCACCAAGAACUUGAUCGGCAGUGCGAUGGCCGGUUCGAUCGGCGGCAACAACGCCCAUGCGGCCAACAUCUUGACGGCGAUUUACCUCGCCACGGGUCAAGACCCGGCGCAAAACGUGGAGAGUUCCAACUGCAUGACGUUGAUGGAGGCGAUCAACGAUGGCGAGGAUCUCUUGGUUUCGUGCAGCAUGCCGUCGAUCGAGGUCGGCACCGUUGGAGGUGGAACGAGUGAGUCGCAAAGUGCUUUCCUCCUCGACUUGUUCCGGUUCGGAGUACUGAUGCGAGACUGGAUUCGUAAACAGUCUUAUUACCGCAGGGCGCGAUGUUGGACCUGCUCGGCGUGCGAGGGCCGCAUCCGACAAACCCGGGCGAGAACGCGCAGCGACUGGCGCGGAUCAUCUGCGCCUCGGUGCUCGCAGGAGAAAUCUCGCUCAUGGCCGCUUUGGCUGCGGGUUCGCUCGUCAAGUCCCAUUUGGCAUUGAACCGAUCCGUCCCUGGAACACCGGCAAUCCCGUCGAGAAGCUCGACCCCUCUGCCGCACCUGAAACCACCAGCGAUCGUCAAUGCGGUCGGUCGGUCGACCCUCUCCCCGAGUACAGUGAGUUCCCUGCCUCAAUGUGGCGUUCUCGAGCAAGAACUGUAUUACUGACGGAGUUACGCCUCUUUGCAGCCUAUUCAUCCUACUCCCAAGAGCUAG